GCUUUCCGGGAAUACCACGAACGCCUCACAAGGACAGUGCCAAAGCUCAACAGGCAGAAGGACAGCCGACAGAAGAGAAAGUGACAGAGCGCAGGUCACAGUGGAGAAGACUGAAAACACCGAGCAGUUUCUUCAUACAGUGGCGUCAAACUGCGUUUUCCUGUCUUUGUAAAGUUGCCUUGAGUUGCUCUUUUAAAAGCUCUGGACCCAGUGACAGACUCGACACACGCACAACAAGAGACGCGACAGACAUGGAGGACGGAAAGAACCGCCUGCAGCAAACCCAGGAACAGGUGGAGGAGGUGAAGCUCAUCAUGGUGGACAACCUCAACAAGGCUGAAGAGAGGGAAGACAAACUAGGUGACCUGGAGGUUAGGGCUGAAGAUCUGCAGCUAAAGAGUAAAGCUUUUGAAAAGACCACCAAACAGGUGAAACAACAGAAGCAAUGUGAGAACAAGAAGAUGAAAUAUGUGUUCAUUGGCGUUGGAGUGGCAGCAGCCUGCGUCAUUUUGGGACUUAUAAUCUUUGCCCUGGUUUGAUCGUGCACAAAGAUAGCAGUUCUGACAAAAAGAAAAGGGUGUUUGGAUUGAAGUGGGACAUGAAGUGAAUAAAGACAGAAGGUCCAGGAGAAGAGGAGCUUAAACUGCCGGACUCCAGCAUCUAGCAGGAACUGCUCAGUCUGUCACAACUGUGUUUUUAUCUUUAUGGAAGUGUCACUCCCAUUCUUCACUAUAGUGUAAGUCCUCAGUUGAUAUGGUACCAGUGAUUGCUCUGCUGCUUCUUUUCUUUUUCACAUUACUUUCUAAACGUCAGCCCACAUAGGAAGGAGAUAACAGUUCACACAGAUGAACAUGAAUGCGAUUAAAGGUUAAUGAAUGGACAUUGACAGCAUAAAACCACCUUUUAAAUAUCACUAUCACUCCAAAAGUACAAGUUCUCUGGCACCACGCAGCCUUUUUAACAUGGCCUUUUCAUGUUCAUUUUCAGGUUCAUAGUUUGGUUUUGUGGUUUACAUGUGGUUAUGUAAACACCCCAUUUCUCCCCGCUUCUAAAAGGUUAGGCCAUUUCGUGCUCCGAUAAGUGCUCCAGGAUGCUGCCUUGGUGCGGUGCAGAGUUUUGCAGAUGCUAAAUGUUAUACACUGUCAAAAAGCAGGUGUGGUCAUGCUGUUGUCAGUCCUUUAGUUUCUCCUCCUCUUCGGAGAAGACUGUGACUGUAAGUCAGGAGUCUCAGUUCAUAUGCUACUGUAUGUUCUCUGUGUGUCAAGGUAACUCUGGGCUUUAACCUUUUAUUUUUAAUGAUUUAUUUAAGUCUUAAUUCACCAUUUUUUUCAGACAAUCAUGUCUCCUAAUUAAUGUUUAGUCACGUCAUGUCUAUAAAAUCCAUCUCUCAUGUCACAUAAAUCCAAUUUCACAUCUGUUUCAUUUGAUCUGUAGCUCCCAUUGAUCACUUUAAAACUGAGGUAUUGUGAACGAUCUAGAUGAAAGCUAGAGGCCGUCAAAAUUAAAUUAUUGCUAACAAUUAAUCUACACAGAUCAGAGUGAACAGUGACUCCUGGUGGCUGUUUUUUUUUUCUUUUUACUACAGAGCGGAGGACACAACAUGUCUCAUCUGACAUGUUUAACUGUCACAAGCUCACUUAUGUGUAUCCAUGGAAAUUCAUUGAGUAAGAGCCAUAAUAUUUAUUUGUGUGUGAAAGCUUUGAAAAUGAAUCUGUAUCUUUUUAGGGAUCUUUGAAAAAAUUGGUAUGUCUGUUAUGGGUCGGUUAAUACAAUGUUAGAGACUAGAGUCUUCCAGAGUGUUCUCUCUUUAUGUACCAUUAUUGUUCCUAUACAUGGUUUUGCAGUCACCAUGGAGGUGAGGUGUUGCUAUGUUUAUGCUUUUACAAAAUGUGCAAAAUUUAUAGCCUGCAGUAAACCUGCAAUAAACACGACAUUGAUUCCUUGUUUUAUUGAAUGAUUCCUUUGAUAGAAAAGUAAAACUGCUAGUCACAGGUAGUCCACACGGGUAAUAAAUACAAUGGUAUUAAAUUA